AUGGUCCUAGUCGACAAUAAGAAAGCCUUUGACAUGGUUGAUCACUGUAUCCUGCUUGAUAAACUUGGAGCAUACCAUCUUGAUCAGAGUUCGCUUGAUUGGUUUAAAUGCUAUCUAUCAGACCGUAAACAAUAUGUUAACUUCAAAUGCCAGUCUUCUACAACAAAAGUAAUCACGGACGGAGUACCACAGGGUUCUAUCCUUGGGCCUCUAUUGUUUCUCGUUUUUAUAAACGAUUUGUCUCUACAUAUCAACACCCAAGUAGAUUUAUUCGCUGAUGACACUACCUUACUCGCUGCCACUGAUUAUAAUGAUAUUAAUGAACUUAACGAGAAAUUAGCUCUGGAAGUCUCUAACGUUCAAAACUGGGCCAUUACCAAUAAACUGCCUCUCAAUACCACUAAGACUAAAACCAUUCUGAUUUCUGGUAAACGUCUUAAAUCUAAGCUUACUCCUGAAAAUCAAACUCUCGAUAUUAAAUUCAACGAUGAUUCAUUAGAACAAGCGCACUCUGUGAAAUUACUGGGCUUUAAUAUUGAUGAAGAUUUAAACUUUGACACUCAUGUUGAUAUAAUGGCAAUGAAACUAUCGAAACGUAUUGGAAUAUUGAAGUCUAUAAAAUCCUACCUGCCUCGAAACGAACGUAUUCUUUUCUACAAUGCUAUGAUCAAACCUCUAUUUCUCUAUUGUAGUAUAACCCCUGGACAAACUGUAGUAAGAACAAUAUCACUAAAAUUUUCAAACUUCAAAAACGCUGCGCCAGAAUUAUCCUUGACGCUGAACCUCGCCAUUCCUCGAUUAAUCUAUUUAAUAAUCUUGGUUGGUUACCUUUUUACGUAG